AUGCGCAUUUCCCCCGCUUAUCUGUUGCUAGUUGUCUGGCCCAUACUUCUGCUCGUCAGCCUCCCCCGUGUUAUCGCUGUUCAAAUCCAGUUCCCAGUGACUUAUCCAGGCUUCGGCACUAGCCUUUUUGCAGUCAGUGGCACCAGCUGGCUUUCUGACCGGUUGUCUGGACUCUUUCCGCAUCGCGACAAGGCGGAGGAUGAGGCAGAGUCGGAUAGUUUUGAUUUUUGGCGACGCACACAAGAGAAGCUGGAUGGCGCAAAACGCGAGGCUCUUGAGGCCAUAAACAAGGCAACGAGAGAGAUCGGGACUCAAGUUAACGAGCUCAAGACAAACAUAGAAGACCUCGUUCACGGUGCUUCCGUCCUGCAUGAAAUAGUGUCGCCCCAGCCUCAGAUCUCAUCUGGAGGAACAACUCAGGCCACGAAUGCCGAGGUCGUAGCCAGCAAUAUUGCCGAUGAUUUGGCAGCAGCCCUAGACGUUAUCACCCAAGAGUUGCAGCAGAUGCUGGGCCUCCGGCCAUCAAAAUCCUGGCGCAAAAUUGCGUUGGAUAAGGUCGGCGACGCGCUUGUUCGCGUUUUGGAGAAGCACGGCGUCGAAACGAGUCGCAUAGAGUCAGUCUGGGAGGCGAUCAUCCAUCCAGGACUCUUCAACGGACUCAUCUUAAUUGGUGAUAUUGCCGAGCAACACCCUGCCUUGCUCUCCGGGCUCCUCUUUUGGUUGGCAGUAAUGUUGAUACCAGAGGUAUGGCUUUUCCAGCCCAUCCUUCGCGUUUUUGGCUUCGGUAAGCAAGGUCCAAUCAAAGGCUCCGUUGCUGCUUGGGCACAACGUGUAUUCUACGGCGCUACAGUUGAAAAAGAAAGCUGGUUCAGUCUUUUGCAGCAAGCGGGUAUGACGCCAACUCAAGGAACUUCAAUGGAGACCAGCCCCGAAGGUUCGCGUCCCAUCCCAGUAUGGAGCAGACGGUAUAGAGAGAUGAACAAAAUCCCGACAAACGAAGCUAAAGGCGACUCAAGCUGUCCCAAGCGAACAGCAACACGCUCUAUCUUCCUAGGUUACACCUGCCACCCGACACGUCGCUCCCACUACUUCCUUUUCAUCCCCUUCCUCUCUGACGAUGCACACACCGGCAAACUUAUCAACGUGUCGGGAAAUCCAUGGAACAGCGACUUCGCGCUUGAGAUCAAAACCGGGUUCGACCGCGGAACCGUGCAGCACGCCUACGCAACCGCUCCUCUUGGCUCGCUCGCAAAGACUUCGCACUACCUGUACCUUGGUCAAAUCUCCGCGGCUGAUUUCGUCGACGAGGGGUCAUAUAAUAUUCGCAAUGAGCCGAAUGCUCGCGACCGCAUCGAGUGCCUCGCUGGUCGCAUUCCUCUUCCGUACCGUGCACCAAAUGCAACGCCAGAAGAUCCAGACGACCCUAUUUGGCUUGCAACACAUCCGAGGUUUGAAAGGUGUCAGGAGUGGACGAAUCGUCUGCGCCAUGGAAUGCGCCCAUAG